AUGCUGCGCCGGCAGCCCUAUUGUUAUCGCCGAGAGGAGCCAGGGGGUGGGUGGUAUAUCUUGCCGGGGCUGUCGCCUCCCAAAGCCGCCACCGCCGUCGGUUUCCCGCUCCCUCCCCUCCCGAAGCACGGAGCUGCUAGUUGAGUAUCAUCCCCUCUCUUGGGGAUCUCGGGCUUCGCCCUGCAGCCCCGGCCUGUGCAGAGGGAGGGGAGGAGGCACCGGCGGGCGGGAGGAGCCCCUGCCCGGUACCCGGUAAACCCCACUGAUUGGCCUGGAGAUCUUCAGUUGACACUAGUCUCCUUUCUGUUCUUUGGUUCUCCAUGCGAGCCAGAGACAAAUGGAUGCAAUAGCAAGUGCUGGCCUCAAGAGGAAGUUUGAUGAUGUGGAUGUGGGCUCGCCCAUCUCCAACUCUGAUGAUGAGAUCUCUAACAGCGACAGUGCGGACAGCUGUGACAGCGUCAAUCCUCCCAGCUCCACUGGCUUUAUUCCAACCUCCAUCUUGAAAAGACAGAAACAGUUACGCAGGAAGAACGUGCGCUUUGACCAGGUGACAGUGUACUAUUUUGCAAGGCGUCAGGGAUUUACCAGUGUGCCCAGCCAAGGAGGCAGCUCCUUGGGCAUGGCCCAGCGCCAUAACUCCGUCCGCCGGUACACUCUUGGUGAAUUUGCCCAGGAGCAAGAAGUGAAUCAUCGUGAGAUCCUCCGAGAGCACCUGAAGGAGGAGAAGCUCCAUGCCAAGAAAAUGAAGCUGACAAAGAACGGCACCGUGGAGUCUGAGGAGGCGGAUGGCUUGACCCUCGAGGAUGUCUCCGAUGACGACAUCGAUGUAGAGAAUGUGGAGGUGGAUGACUAUUUCUUCUUGCAGCCACUGCCUACCAAGAGGCGCCGUGCCCUCCUUCGAGCCUCUGGUGUCCAUCGCAUCGAUGCAGAGGAGAAACAAGAACUCCGGGCCAUCCGCCUCUCACGGGAGGAAUGCGGCUGUGACUGCCGUCUGUAUUGUGACCCUGAGGCCUGUGCCUGUAGCCAGGCUGGAAUUAAAUGCCAGGUGGACCGAAUGUCCUUCCCGUGUGGCUGUUCCAGAGAUGGCUGUGGGAACAUGGCUGGGCGAAUUGAAUUCAAUCCCAUCCGGGUGCGAACUCAUUACCUCCACACCAUUAUGAAACUGGAGCUAGAGAAUAAACGGCAGGUGAGCCGUCCCCAGACUCUGGAGGAAGAGACCACUCCCAGCUCUGGCAGCGACUGGCUGGGAACCCAGUCCCCCGAGACACAGGACUUCCAGGCGUUUAUGGCAGAGAAUGAGACGGCAGUCAUGCACCUUCAGACGGCCGAGGAGCUGGAGCGGUUGAAGGCUGAGGAAGACUCUAGCAGUGGCUCCAGUGUGGAAGGCCUUGGCGUGUGCAUUUUGGAAGAGCCCCUAACAGUCCCAGAGGGGAUGUGCCCGAGCCUGGCCACGCCCAUCCUCAUUCAAGCCCAGCUGCCUCCAGGCUCUUCUGUUCUGUGCUUUACGGACAGCUCUGAGCAAGCGAGCUCAGCCGAAGGCGACCAGUCCUACUUGAACAAUGGGCCUGUUGUGUACUAUCAGGUUGACCAAAGGUCGGUGCUAGGGGUGAAGGGGGAGAGUUGCGCAGAGGAGUCUGAGAUUCCCCCUCGUUACACAGAUGAGAAGGAGCUGAGUGUCUACUCUGUCCCUGUGACCUCACUGGUGCCUUGUGGCAGAGCUGUGGCCUCUGGCAGGGCAGAAACAGGAAAAGCUGCGGUGUCCCCGGAGCCCCUUCCUUCUGAAAGCUGUCAUUCUGAAGUUCCUCCGCCAAGCCUGCCGUUUCACACGCAUGUGCCACAGGACAGUUUGCGGCCCCAGAGCAUGGGGCAGCCUCCAGAGAGAGCCUGCGAGCUGCCCUCCUCCUCAGAGGAAUGCUCCCUGGGACCUGCUCUGGCUGUGUGACACAUCCCAAUCCACUGUAGCUCUUCUCUUGGAUGUCUAUUUAUUGACAGAGAUUUCAUCUGAUGGCCACAGCCACCGGGGAAUUAUUUAACAUGGGGUGGGGUUGGGGGUUGAAAGGGAGACCGCUUUGUACAGGCUCACUCUCAGAUGAACUAAACCAAGCGCUUAUGACUGUCUCCAGGCAAGCGGUUUCUUCCACCAGUUGGGUGGCCUCUUAACACUGAAGCGUCUGGACCAGAGACAAGGGACAGUCUGAACAGAGCUGCUGUGGGGCAGGCACAUUACCCCUACCCUACGAGGACCAAACAUGAAUGUGUAUCAUGGAAGCAACAGAGAGAAGCUGCCUUUUCUUCUCUAAAGCGCUUGACGGGUUUUUCGGGAGGGGAGGUGGCAGAAGAAGACAGGGUUACUGCUAUAAGACAUCAAAAAUACCUACGUGUGGUGGAAUCGCUCUCACUCUUUCUCUCCAUCCAGUUUCUCUUCCCAGGUGAAACUGCCGCCAUCCGUACCAUUCUGUCAUCUUCAGUGCUGUGUCUUCUUGGUAACUGUGACCUCUUAAUCUGCUUGAAUUGCUCCGGCCAGUUGCACACAGUUUAGGCUCUUACAAACUCUUUAUUUAUGUGACAUUUUUGCUGCCCUUUUUUCCCUCGAAGAACUGUUGUUUUUAAUUCAGUAUGGAUUAACUCUUGCCAUAACUGGCUACAUCUGCAGUUUGGCAUGCAACUGACAUGCCAAGCCUCCUUCCCUCUGCCAGUAGCUUCAUCCAGAUGGGCUCACUCACCAUUUUGCUGGCCCUUAAUGGGAACUGGUGAGAUCAAUCAGUUAAAAUGUGGUGAAUGUUUACUGGGACAUGACCUGUAGUAGACAACACUCCAAUGUCCAUUCUGAGCUGGGGUUUGCUGCCUUUGUGAUUUUAAUCCCUUCUGGAAUCUGAUUCUUUGAAUAUUUACUGCACCAUGGUGGGUUGAUCUUCUCAGUGAAGGUAUAAUCUUAUGUAAAGAAAUGUUGGGCAGGCAGGGAGGUAUACAAAGUAAUUAUCCUUUUGCCCAGUCAUUUUAUGAAUUUUCUCCUUCCCUUCAGCUGUUUCAAGAUGUUCCAUUUUAGUUGCACAAGAGUUUGGAGAUGGCUUUGAAAGCUUUAUACUCCCCUGCUACUUGCUGGCUACGUGGCGUCCUGGGUGAAUCUGAAUUUGCAAUGGAACUGUGUAGCCUGCUGGGUUGCGAGCACAAGGGGUCAGCAAAUGUGCAAUAAAAAGGGUGGGGAAGACUCCCAUGUUGGAUGCAUCUGCUGAGAUCUCCAUUGCAAGGAGGUGUGCAAUUAGCUGUACUAAUUAGUCCUGGAAUGAAAGGGAGGAGUAUGGGAUGUCCUUAGUGCUACCACACUCCUCUUCUCUUACUGACGGUUUUCCUCCCUGGAGGGUAACACGAGCACUUUUCUCAUCCAGACUCCUUAGCAUCCUCCCCUUUCUUUUUGUAGUAAGCAACAGAUUAUUGCCUUCUGCAGGUAAUAAUUCUAACAUGAGCUGGGCUAGAACAAUCAAAAGUGACUUCUCUGUGGCCUUCCAGAUGUUGCUGGACACCAACUCCCAUCAUCCCUGACCAUUGGCUAAGAUGUCUGGGAUGAUGUAGUCUAAAAACAUCUGGGGAUCCAAGGUUGAAGAACACUGCUCUAAAUAGACAAGAGCUUGGUUCAAUACCAGCACUGAAUUUUUCCCAGUUACUUUUAGAUAUUUAAUUUCCUGUUACUCAUUGCAGCCUUCCCAAAUCUGGUGUCUUCUGUAUGUUUUGGACUACAACUCCCAUCAUUGCUAACCAUUGGCCAAGCUGGGUAGGGCUGAUGGGAGUUGUAGUCUCAUCUGAAGGACACCAGUUUGGGGAAGGCUGCCUGAAGGGUUCUGUAUACAGUACAAGGCUGCUGCACUUACAUUUAUUCAGAAGGGGGGGCAGAAUCUAAGCAUUCUUCCUUCAUCACUUACUUCCAGUUGGGAACUAACACAUGCAUACUGUUAACUUAUAUGAAGUGUGUGUCAUCUUUUCAGAAGGCAGUCUCUUCCUAAUCAGGCACAGUGAAUUACAGUAGGGCCCCGCUUUUCGGUGUUCCGCUAAUAUGAUAGUUAUCAGUUAAGAGUAAGGCCCCACUCAUAGAGCACUUGUUCCGCUUUUACAGUGUUUUUUGAGCAUUGGGCAUCAUUUUAUUGACGGUUCCGCUUUUAGGCGGGGGUCUGGAACGUAACCCACCGUAUGAGUGGGGCCCCACUGUACCUGAAAUUGACCUUUCUUGGAUCUGGGUCUGUUCUGGAAAUUUUGAAGCUAUAGGAAAAAAACUGGCUCCUUCACAUGUGUUUUUUUCCCCAGGGGAAAAAAAUGGAAUUUGGGGAGGGGUGGAUUUGAAAUAUAUGCAAUGCAAUACUUAUCAAACCUAUACUUCUUUUACUGCUUAACAACAUAAAAUGCAUCAUUUAUAACUUAGCAUAUGCAAUUGUACUCUGAAAAUUUCAGGGCAAUUCUAUGCGUGUUUACAUGUGAAAUGAUACCCGUUCUGUUACAGAUAAGUGCACAUAGGAUUGCAGCCUGAAAAGUAUAACUUCCUUAGACUGCAAUCCUAUACCCAUAUACUUGGGAGUCAGUCCCAUUGAACCCAAUGAGACAAUUCUGAGUCAUGCAAAGGAUUGUGCUGUGUUGUAGCAGGGUGUCUCUCUCAUAGUUAUUUGAGGGGAGAGGUGGAAAUGUUGACCACAAGAGAGCAGUCAAAAAGGCAUGUACAGAAUCCUUGCUUCUAGUGUCUCCAAACUAGAACAAGGGUCACCAGAAGGCAAGCAGCAAUUCACAAGAAAAAGGCCCUGUGUUCUUUUUUGUAUGAAGAUGGGAGCAACUUCUAGAUCAGGAGUAACCAACAUGGUGCUGCCCAGAUGCUGUUGCACUGCAAAUCCCACCAGCCCCUGCCAGCAUAGCCAAUGCAACCGACAUCUGGAGGUCACCACUCUGACUACCCGUUCUAGGUCAAAGGUGGCGAGCCUGUGGCCCUCCAGAUGUUGUUGGAUUCCACAAUCCCUUGACUAUUGGCCAAGGUGAAGGGUUGAUGGGAGCUAGAGUCCAUCUGGAGGGCACCAGGUUCCCCAUCCCUGCUCUAGGUGCAGAAAUAACUUGGUUUGAGUUGCAUAUGUCCAUAAUUGGCACAGGAAUUAUCCUUCUAUAAUGUCGUAGAUUGUCUUAACAUUAAAACCUACAUACUACAUAUUUUGUAUGAGUAAAACCUUGCCUUAAAGCAUUCCAAAAGAGAAAAUGUUCCCCUGGAGUUCUUUCAGUGUUCUCCCACAUUUCCAGUUUUUCCACCAGAAAAAUGGAUUUCAGUCCUCAGGGCAGGAAAAAAAUGUGUUUUUCUGAAUUUUUCUGUUUUUUUUUUCUUUUUCUGGACCUUCACAUCUCUAGUAACUAAGUACCUUUGCCAACCUAUUUGGAAAAGCCUAACCUUCUGAAAUAAGCACUAGUUCCCAGGGAGGUAAGGUGAACGGAAGGAAUGCUAUCGUGAAAAUGAUAGCAGCAGGGAGAUUCCCCCCCCGGAACAGCUUCUGACCCACAAUGCUUUUGCAGCCCAUGAAAGCCUCACAUUGCUGCGUUGACAGGACUUAGGAACGGAUGGUGAGUAUUUAACCAUAAAAAGGCUUCAGUACUUUAACUCCUCUGAUUUAUUUUAUUCCCAAGCUUUCCUUGUCCUGUUCAGUGCAUACCGUAUACCUGAGCCUCCUGUGCUUUGAUCUCAUUAAUAAGUGUUUAAUUUCUGUCUCUCCACCUGUUGCAGUGAACGGUUUAGAAAUGGCACCAGUGUACGCAGGAGUCAGUCUUCUCCUUUGUGCAAUGACUUUUAAAAUGGGGUGAGGAUGGGAGAAGAGGUCCUCAAGCAUUUGAAUGAGAAUAGCCUUAAAAUGUCUAUCAUAGUCCCAUUUACUGCCUUGCAAAGCACGAUGUUACUGCGUGACACCCACCUGGCCUCACUGCUGUGACUUCUGCUGGUAAUGUUUGGGUUUUUCCUUCCAUGCUUCUCUGCCCACAGGGUACUGUUGGGCUUGAAAGGGGCACUGGUGACAUUACUAGGUAUCCUUCUCCAGUUUACAAAAUAAAAGGUGCUAUAAAAAGCUGGCUUUGUUUUCAAAGGCAGCCAAUUCCAGAUGUGACCACCUCAGUAAGAAGCAUCUGCGUAUGGUGUCCUUGGAGUUCAGGCAGUGUGACAAGGGGUGGGCUACCUCUGGGAAGUUGCACGGGCUCUCCUCCUAGGCCGAAGGUGCAAAUGGUUGAUCUCUGGCUCAAAUGACAUAGGGUUGAAAUUGUAAAAUUCUCCUAAGAUCUUCUAAGAGCACUGUCGCCCUUACUGUGCAUGUCCAGUCCCCACCGUUCCCUACCCUGGCGCACAACGGACACCCACAGGGUGAGCAGAGGCUGCGCUGUUUGCACGGCUAGCUUCCUGCUGAUGCUGUGAGGUGAAAAAGCACUUUCUCCCUGGAACACUUCAAUGCUUCCAGCUGGCCACUGCAGCACAACUAGGAGCCAUGGGCAACUGUGGUAUAGAUGCACCCUAAAGGAGUGAUUAAAAAGCCUGACCACGAGCCCCUUAUUUUUGUAGCUUUUCACUCCGUGGUGAAUAUUCCUCUCUUUAAGGAUUGGUUGCAAUCGGCUCUAAAAAGAUGUUUAGAUGGGAUGCACCUCAGCUGUUGCAAAUUCGUACAAGAACUUCUGAGUGUUUUUUUGCUGAAUCCCUUGGCCCCAUCCCAAUAAUGACAGAUGGUCUGUUCUGCAAAUGGAAACAACUUCACAGUUAAGUAUCUGAACUUUUUGAAACAGAAAAAGGAAUUCUUAUGACUAACAUUCCAAGAUGCAAAGGAUGUUGAAAUAGGUUGAAGGAAACCUAACUGGAUAAAACUUGUAUUGAACAUAUACCCAGAGAUACAUGUUCCUCUGGCCGCAUCUGAGUUGCUAAUAACUCUUAUCCUAGCCCUAUGUCAUAAUUGUGUCCAUGAGCCAGCAAGGCCUAUCUGCUGACCUUUUGCGCCUGUGACUUUGGGAAAAAAUAAAGCAUUGCUUAACCUUAAUGGAAUGACAAAGUAAAUGGCUUUUUGCUGGGUGAGUUGGUUGCAGGUGAAAUUGGCUAAAAAUUAUGAAUCGUGAACUCUUAAAUCUUGCUAGGAAGCAGUGAUGGAAGUGUAUUUUCCUCCACCUUUUUUUUUCUAAGCUGCAGUGCUAAUGUUGGUACUACAUACCCAUAACAAAAUGAUGUAAUGAUGUCGUAAAGCAAUCACAUGCUCCCCCUUCUCUCACCCUGCCCCACUUUUUGGUGCUACUGAAUUGUUUACAUGGGAGCAGCCCUUUUACUACCUGUUUGGAAGAGACUAAUUAACUAGACCCUGGUCUCAGAUAUUUGUUACUACCCUGCCCCCUUCAUCAGUUGUGACUCAGAUAACUUUCUCCUCUCCUGCGUUACAUGGUAUACAGGUGGCAUUUUCAAUGUGAAUCCAAAGCUUGUCAGAUCCUCUACAUUUUGUUUUGCCUUUUAUGUUCUUUUCGUUGUGAUAAUGCUGUAUUUAAAGAGGAUAUUUAAGUGUAAAAAUAA